AAACGUUUUCCUUGUCCCGGUAGACGGGGAGUCGAGUUGUGUGUUGCAUUUAGAGGUGUAACACGGCCUGUGGAAUCCUGCGUGCGAUGUAGGCCUGAGCUAGAUGCACCAUGUGUAGGUUGUCGAUUUCCAGGUGGGCCGGCAUUGUUCAGCAUUGCCAUUGAGAAUAUACCUGGAUAUACUGAAAUGUACAUGGAUUGUCAGUGUCAAUUGCAGAUGGCCCGGUGACCGCCAGUGACCCGCCCAUCCAGUCAGGAUGCACAUGUCCGGUUUGUUCGCGUCCUCACUUGUCAUGCUGCUGAUUGCAGCAGUCGCCUACUUCGUCUCCCUGGCAACGACGUCAUGGUCAACGUCGGGCAAGGAGCUGGCGUUCGGUAUCUGGAACUUCUGCUUCUUUAGUUUGAUGGAAGGGGAAAAACGCUUGAAAUGUCUGCCGAAUAAAGCUGACUUUAGUAUGGCGGCUCAGGCCUUCUCUAUUUUGGCUGUGAUGUGUUACGCCGUCGCAUUCCUCCUCUACCUCGCAUACAUCCUCUUUCCGUCGUUGUCGAAGUCCCGGCCAAUCACGAUGGGGCUCUGCUUGCUCUCCUUCUGCGUUGUGUGCCUUCAGAUUAUGACAAUGAUCGUCUACGGGGUCAAGGUCGGAGAGUACUUCCGGAAGGUGGAGCUCCGCCAUUUUAACCACCAUCUUGAUUCACUGUCCAUUUCGUGGUCAUUUGCCUUCGCCAUAGUGUCCACUCUUGUUGGCACGGCAGCGGGAGUGUGCACGUUUAUAGAGCUGAGGAACAUCACAAUCGAGGACCUACUUUAAAACAGUACAUCUCAGUUUAAAAAAACCCAUUUGUUUCACAUCACAAAAUAAUCCGGGGAGACGGAAAAUUAGACGAACAAACAUUACGUCUCUUGUCAGCGUUCAUAAAGAUUUCGACUUGGAUUUGAAAUGUGGCAACAAGGGACGCUUAACAUUGAAAGACAAACAUCAAAUGAGGAUAUUAAAAUGAUUGGAAACACCAUGAAUCCCUUCAUACCUCGUUAGUCCUUAGAAACAUCACCGUGAAUAAUGACCAGAUGACGUAACUCGUUACCAUGACGAUGCCAUCCCGACCCUUUACAUGUUCAAAACAUUAUAUAUCUAAUACAUAGCUGUCCGUGAUGAUUUCAUAGAGGAUGUGGCAAGUCGUGUUGAAGAAUGGUGGGAAGGAGGAAGUGCUAACUCCACUUUCCGGACCACCAAAAGCAUUCGCAAACUUCGGAGCACAGAAUCCUAAACAUAAUUCCCAUUGAGCUGGAAACGUUUCGGACAAUUUGUUACACGGGUUGCCAUGUACUUCCGUUCACUCCAAGUGGAAACUAAGCUAUUUCUGAGAGCCCUUUGCAUCAUCAGAGAAGCCUUUGAUUGCAAGCUGCCAAACAAAUGGCGCGUAACAACAACGUUAAAAUGAGUUGACCAACCCGAAUGUGUUCCAAGAUCCCGAUAAUGACAGGUUUUCAAAGGAAGUGUCCCACAUAUUCACAACAUGUUAUGAAUACGAUAUGCCAGUUUCAAGGAUGGAUGCCAUCUUCUUGUGUUGGGAAGGGCCGUGCGUGUUUAAACAUUACUCAUCCUUGCUCGUUCCAUGAUGAAUCGUAGUUCUAGCGACGCCAUAACGCUUAUAUGCUGAAACGUACAGGCAUCAUCUGGCAUAGCAGUUCGUCUCGAGCAAUACCGUUUGAGACUAGAUAGAUAGCGAUUGCCUAACAUUGUACACAUGCUAUAUUCACACUGACUGACAUCCUCGAUUGUCGAGGGUAUUAAUUAUAUUUCCAUUGUAUUCUGAUACAUACACUGGGUCCAUUCGCUACCAUAGCUUCGGUUUGAGCCCAUUUCGAAAUAUCACGACAAUGAAUCAAACUACUACAAGCUAUUAUUAACAUUUGAGUGAACUGAGUAAGCCGAGGUUAUCAUAUUUCUGGCAGCCUGUGUUGACUAGAAAAUCCGAAUUAAAAGGCGACUAUGCUUGUACUAAGAGGCGACUAACGGGAUCGGGUGGUCAGGCUCGUUGACUUGGUUGAUGCAUGUCAUCGAUCCCAUAUUGCGUGGAUCGAUGCUCAUGAUAUUAAUCACUGGAUUGUCUGGUCCAGACUCUAUUAUUUACAGACCGCCGUCAUAUAGCUGGAAUAUUGCUGAGAGCGGCGUUAAACAACAAACCAAAACAAAACCAACUGAGUUAAAAACCUGUGUUAAUCAAGGAUAACUUAGGGCAGUACCCGAAAUAGAAGUCAACGCAUAAGAUGCAGUCUUAGAUAGAAUACAAAAUGGCUGCCAGAAGAGUUUUUUUUAAAUCGACCGCGAGCACUUCCCUGCGCGAGAGAAAUUCUGUGUUAAGUCAGGAUAGAAGCGGUGUAAGUGGUGACGAAUCGAUCCAGGGUAACUGUCAUAAUAAAAUAUGCUAUAAUACACUGGAUAACCAAGGAUGACUGACUUUGGGCUUCGGUACCACGUAGUCCAGAACGCGAGAUGAUUGUUACAUGUUUUCACACAUCAACAACCAUGUGUCGGGACCAUAGUUUACGCCGAUGUGUCAAUGCAUAGCGUGCUUGCUAUGCGGGCUAUGGCUCUACUUAUUCAUGUAUUUAUUUCAACAGUGUUAUGCACUUUAAACGAGUGAUAUAGAUUAGUAAAAUAAGUGCCUUUGA